AUGCCUGUUACAAAUAGUGAUAUUGCGAGCCUUUGCUGGACUUUGCCAGAAUUCUCAUCCAAAGAAGACAUCUCCACAUUCAUAAAAUCUGUAGACAACUUGUUAACAUUCUUAGGUACACAAGAGCUUACAGAACCUCAGUUAUUUAUACUUAAUACUCACAUCGUAUCUCGUAUUAAGGGAGAUCCGAGAAAUUUUUUGAAUUAUUCUAAUAAAACAGUCUGGACAGAGAUUCGUCCAGCUUUAUUAUCUAAAUAUGGAGAUAGAAGGUCAGAAGAUAUUUUGGUAACCCAGUUAUCGACAACAGUUCAAAAACAUAAUGAGUCAUAUGAUCAGUAUCAUCAAAGAAUUUCUACUAAUUUGAAUGAUUUACUUCAACAUGUUACUUUAAAUGAUAAUGCCGCUACAGUAAAUUUUAAGACGCCUUAUUUUAAAAACAUUGCAUUGAAAACUUUCUGUUCUGGUAUAAAUGAACCAUAUAACGAAUAUUUAUCCCAUUUUGAAAUAAAAUCAAUUGAAGAAGCACUUCAAAAGUGUAUUGCCUAUGAUAAUCAUAAGAACCAGCAACAAUAUAUGAGCUUUUUAAAAUCCCAACAAAAUAGAACACCCUUGGCCAAGCAAAGACCACCUAAUCAAAACCAAUUGUCACACAACAAUAAUAGAUACACAAGCUUACAACCUACACAACCAAAUUUCGUGAGGUCCCCUCACAAUGCACCUUUCCGCAACCCUGAACCAAACUUUAACUUCGCUUCACAGCCAAAUUUUAAUAAUUUCCAUCCUCAACAAAAUUUCAAUUCUCGAGAGGAUAAUUAUCAAAGAAAUUUCCCAAGAAAUGCCCCUCAAGAAAAUAAUUACCCAAGAAAUGUCCAGCAUAGGCUAAACAAAUAUCGCAAUCCUCGAAAUCAACAAAAUUAUGCCCCUCCUAUGAGUGGUGUCCAAACUAUUUCCACCAAAAAUCAUCAACCCAUGACAGUUACCACUAAUGGCCAUCAUUUUAAUAUUGCUUCUAAUCAAAUCGAUACUUCCGAAAUUAACAUCGAAAACUAUGAUUCCGAAAACUAUGAUACCGAACAAGCUACGGAAGAAUAUGUCGACACAAAUUAUCAGGAUUUUCCCCUAGUACCUCCCAAAGAACAACCACCUCCUGUAUAA